AUGGCGGACGCAACCGCUGCUGACUUGGCGGCGAAGAUGGAGCCUCAGGGCUCGGUAGCCGCGGCAGCUGGGCCGCGACGUGUGGUGGUGCGUGUCAAGAGGCGACACGAUGAAGACCCUUGGCAGGCCUUUGAGCUGCAGGGCAAGCGCUCCAAACAAGUCUCGCACGCUGUCUAUCAUCGAAUUCAGACUGUGCGCGCCAACCAAGACACGGGCCCGUCCCAAUCUGAGUUGCUGCGUCGAAUUAAAGAGCAGGACCCCGAACUCUUCAAGGCGCACGGCAGCAAAAGUGCACUCAAGGAGCGCGCCGGCGCAAGCGUCAAGCAACACAACACGGGGUCUGCGGCAGCUACACGGGCGCGCAAAGCUCGGUUUCAAAAAGUUGAAGCCGUUCGCGUCUUGGGCUCGCUGAGCACCAAGCAGGACUCGGCACCCGAUACCAAGCGAGCCGCGGCUAAGCGUCAACCAUCACCCCCGGCAUCUUCCACCACCCCAGGAACUGACCCCACCUCAGACGAUGAUGUUCAACUUGUUGAGAUUGAAACGGCUGGUGUUCAGGCCGACCGUGCUUCAAACAUCAUGUCCGCCAUGACACUCUCUGCCAAUGGCAUCCCUCUCGUCUCGCGCACCCUUGAUGCUGCCGAGCAGCGAUAUCGCGCCCAAGCCGCCACCACGCGCCGGCAAGCCAUUUUAUCUCGGCUACCUGGCACAACCGGCCCUGCCACCAGCAUCCGACGCCCAACAGAUACAGAGCCUCCCGUGCAAACACAAGAAGCGCCUUCAGAAUAUGUUUACGAUUACUAUGUGACUACCGACGAUGCCAACAUUGACUUUUCUGUCGACGAGUUGGAGAUGCAACAAUGGUUUGAUAGUCUGCCCGACGACGCUGAUGAACCAAAGUACUCUGAUGAUGACGACAGUAACGAAGAGGACAAUUGGCGCAAUGAUUACCCUGACGAAGAGAGUGAUGUUGACGUUGAUCCAUACGAUUCGGAUGAGCCGUCAAGUGGGCGGCGCUAUCUGGCCGGUCCCACCGCGGUCGACCUUUCGACUCAAGCCCACGCGUCCGUAUUGGGCUGGAAGGCUGAUCCGCAGCUAUUUGGGGAACUCAGCCGCUGGACUGAAGGUGCCUUUGUGCCGGACCUUGGUGAGGAUUUGGAAGAUGAUAUUGACGACGAGGACCCCGAUGCGCUCGAUCAUAGCCAAGAUUCGGAUGACAUGGAAUGGUCGUGA